AUGCCUCUCAACGCUGGCGCUUCACUUUAUCGACGGUCCCUGAAACUGGCCCUUGAUUGGGCCGUUCACCGCCAUAUCUGGAGAGGACAAGCUGUGUAUAUCCGCUCACUUUUCGAAGCCAACAAAGAUGUUCGCGAUCCCCGUCAGCAGAAGGUACUGCUUCAAGAGACAGAGAAGCUCCUAGAGACAUGGAAACACCCUGACCCUUACCGCGCACCUACGGCCCCGGGUGGCAGCAAGUACGAGAGAAACAUUCCCGCCCCUCAAUUGCCCCUUGCUUCGGACAGCUCGGCACACUGA